AUGGCUGUUGCCGGACGCAGAGGCCUGGGUGUGUGGUUGGCAGUCGGAAGCGGGAGGCGCCUCUGGGUCCGCAGCCAGGGUCGAGCCGGCGGCGGCGGUGGUAGCAGUAGCAGUAGCAGCAGGAACAGCCUGAGCGAAACUAUGAGCAAGAACAAGAUCCCGGACAGGUGGCAGAAAUAUUCUGCUGUGGGCCUCAGGCUCCCGGGAACCAGAUUCAUCGCAUUUAAAGUCCCCUUGAAAAAGAUGUUCGAAAGACAUCUGCAAGCUGGUGAAUUCUUCUCACCGACUGACCUCCUGAGACAGGUCAAAGGACAGAGAGAGGAGCUGGGGAAAAUCAUCGACCUUACCUAUACGAAACGUUACUAUGAUCCCAAGGAGUUGCCAGAGGGUUUGAUCUACGAGAAGAUUUUCACUGCCGGACAUGAAGUGCCAACUGCGAGAAACAUUUUAACAUUUAAACAAGCUGUGCAAAGCUUCCUGUCGGACAACAUGGACAAUGAUAAACUGGUUGGCGUUCACUGCACUCAUGGAGUUAACCGAACUGGCUAUCUAAUUUGCAGGUACCUAAUCGAUGUGGAUGGGAUGGAGCCUCACAGUGCAAUAGAUUUGUUCAAUAAAUCCCGAGGCUACCAAAUAGAAAGGCAGAAUUACAUACAGGACCUACUGCAAGGGCCACGCAGGAGCAAUAAAGGAAUUGAUGUACCUGCUCCAUGCCCAGUUACGAGGCAGAAGGAACCACACAGCCAGCAGGCCAUGUUCAAGCAGCGAGAGAGACCAUACCAGGGGAAAUGUCCCACUCGUAAUGGCUUUCAUGAGUUCAGCCAAUUGAGCUGCCCAGCAAAACAGUCUGCUCAACCCUACCAGCCUGUGCAGCAUCCCAACAGACAGUGGUUUGGGACUGGCGCUGUGCACCAAACAGUGCACUAUAAUGGGAAUGUCAAGACAUUUUCCAACUGUGAUUACAGAAGACAGGAAUUGUCCUGGGGAAAUUGUCAACCCGAGUCCUCAGGGUGGAGCGGUCAGCCCGAGUCCUCAGGGUGGAGCGGUCAGUCCGAAUCCUCAGGGUGGAGCGGUCAGUCCAAGUCCUCAGGGUGGAGCGGUCAGUCCGAAUCCUCAGGGUGGAGCGGUCAGCCCGAGUCCUCACGGUGGAGCGGUCAGCCCAGGUCCUCACGGUGGAGCGGUCAGCCCGAGUCCUCACGGUGGAGCGGUCAGCCCGAGUCCUCAGGGUGGAGCGGUCAGCCCGGGUCCUCAGGGUGGAGCGGUCAGCCCGGGUCCUCAGGGUGGAGCGGUCAGCCCGAGUCCUCACGGUGGAGCGGUCAGCCCGAGUCCUCAGGGUGGAGCGGUCAGCCCGGGUCCUCAGGGUGGAGCGGUCAGCCCGGGUCCUCAGGGUGGAGCGGUCAGCCAGAGUCCUCAGGGUGGAGCGGUCAGCCCGAGUCCUCAGGGUGGAGCGGCCAGCCCGAGUCCUCAGGGUGGAGCGGCCAGCCCGAGUCCUCAGGGUGGAGCGGCCAGCCCGAGUCCUCAGGGUGGAGCGGCCAGCCCGGGUCCUCAGGGUGGAGCGGCCAGCCCGGGUCCUCAGGGUGGAGCGGCCAGCCCGGGUCCUCAGGGUGGAGCGGCCAGCCCGGGUCCUCAGGGUGGAGCGGCCAGCCCGGGUCCUCAGGGUGGAGCGGCCAGCCCGGGUCCUCAGGGUGGAGCGGCCAGCCCGGGUCCUCAGGGUGGAGCGGCCAGCCCGAGUCCUCACAGCGGAGCGGCCAGCCCGAGUCCUCACGGCGGAGCGGUCAGCCCGAGUCCUCACGGCGGAGCGGUCAGCCCGAGUCCUCACGGCGGAGCGGUCAGCCCGAGUCCUCACGGCGGAGCGGUCAGCCCGAGUCCUCACGGCGGAGCGGUCAGCCCGAGUCCUCACGGCGGAGCGGUCAGCCCGAGUCCUCACGGCGGAGCGGUCAGCCCGAGUCCUCACGGCGGAGCGGUCAGCCCGAGUCCUCACGGCGGAGCGGUCAGCCCGAGUCCUCACGGCGGAGCGGUCAGUCGCAAUCCCCCUGGCAGAGUUAUCAGCUUCCACAUGCUGCAAGGGGUAACAGAGGCAGGAAACUAAACUCUGGUGGUCAAGACAGAUUGAAUACACAUCUACGAUGGGACAAUUAAAAUGCAAACAGAAAAUAUUUUAGUAAUUAAUUGACCAAUGUAUGAACGUAUUUCGCAUUGCUUUUUUAUAAAGACUGAUUCAUUCUAUACCACUGUUCAACAUGAAAUGGAGCAGCUGAAUGGGAGCUAGUGUUGGUUUGAGAUCAAAGCUUCACCGGGUUUGUCUCGUCUGUCAGUGCCAAACACUGUUUAAUGUUGUGUUUGAGGAUCUUAACUCAUUCCCUGAGACCACUGCCAGCCCACCACUGACAGUCCUGACCCCAGUGUUAGCCAGUUCAAGCUUCUCGCCUUUCUUAACCCCAAGUUUAGAGGCCCAUUGUCUACAGUUGUACUCUGGGUACCCGAGGGGGCAUAGUGGAUACAUCGUGCAGUCACCAUUGUACUGCUGAGAUCUCCGUUCAAGGAGGGCUUUCUCCUGCGGCCCUUCCACUUUCAUCAUCCAGGUAACCGAGCUGACUGUUAAACAUCUUUGACACUUAAAGCCGGGACGAGCAGGUCUUGUAUGUCGCAUGUUCCCUGGUGCAGCAAUACUCGGUGUCCCAUCCUUUUCUUGCCCAGUGACCAUUGCCCGGUGUCUGUAACCAGCCAUUAGUGGAGUGCAGUUGGACAGGGGAGAGGAGGUAGAGAACCCCUGAACUCCAGCUCUCCAUAUCUCUGCCACUGAUAUUAAGUGAUGGACUUUAACCCGGCUCAUAACUAAUGCUGUCUGAUCAUGGCAUCACACUGAAAAAUCAUUUCCGUUAUUUUAUAUUUAGCUUCUGGGUUGAUAUAUAAUCUGACCUUAGGUUUUACCCAGGCCAGCCAGAAAGCAUUGUCCCAAAGGAAAUGGUUAAAUAUUAUAUUUGAAACUGGGCUUUUUAAAUUAUUUAAUUCCUGAUCCAUGCGGCCAUCUUUGAACUGCACUCCGCCCAAUCCACUGAUCUUGGCUGGUUGUGGGUGGAACGUGAUGGGGGACAUCGGUCGGAGCCUCAUAUUCCCGAUCAGUGGACCCUUGGUGCCAUUUGUGGAGGUCAGGCUCAGCUCUGUGCCUUGUCCGUGCAGUGGGCUAGCCUUGCAGGCCCUCGUUGUCUUAGCUCAUGGGGAACGGACACUUACAGCUGAAGGAUAGCAAGUGCCUCAGUGAGAGCAGUCGACCUGUAUUCUCUGACUGGCUGCUUCUCUCAGUAAUACUAUACGCCAAAGUGGCCUCUUUCUUCCACCGGCUUCUCCCUGGCCCCUCAGCAUUCACGUUCAAAUGAGACAAGGCUCAAGCUUUUUUUUUUCUUCCCGCUUCGAAACAUAAAUUGCCUGAAAAAAAACUAUAAUUUUAAUUUUUAGGAUUGUUUUACUUUCACAUUCUGCACUGCGCAAAAACUUAAUUCUGAAAUAAAUGACUUUUCCCAGUC